AUGGUGUAUGGAUUGGGAUCUAAUACUUACGGUCAGCUCGAGUUAGGACACAACACAUCCAUUGAGACACCGGUAGAAGUGCCACAAUUAUGCCAUCAAAAUAUACAUCAGUUUAUCAAUGGAAUGGACUUUGUAUUGGCUGUCAAUACCGAUAAUAAUGUGAUAUUCAGUUUUGGUCACAAUAGUGAGGGACAAUUGGGACGGCGUGUGGGCAGUAAAGUACGUACUGUAUUAAGUUAUAUCAUUAAAAUCUCGCCGCGUGGGGUGAUGGACAGGUGUUUAUAUGGGGAGAGUUCGGGUCGACUGUUUCAAAACGACCCCAACUAUUGUACAAUAGACCUCAAACCGGAUAAUGUGUUGAUUUCAAUGGACGGACGCAUAAAGUUAUGUGACUUUGGUUUGGCUAAAGAAGUCCAUAAUUGUGAUGAAUAUAAUAUGUCUAAAGCCAAACAUACGGCAGAUGUGGGAACUAUAAAAUAUAUGGCACCGGAAGUAAAUUCAGAUCCAAUUGAUUACAACCAAUUGACAGAUAUCUACAGUCUAUCCCUAAUUGGGGCUCAAAUAUUUGGGUUCGAUACAGACGAUAUAAAGCACGGAAUUUACCAGUACAUAUAA